GGUAGAGGCAACGGAGAUGCUGACACACACGUAGCCUGCAGACACACGUCGCAGAGAGAGACGCAGAUAGACAGUGCAGACCUGGCAGACAGGCAGCGCGCUGCGUCGAGAAGUUUUGGGGUUUAAAACUUUUCUCUGGAAAGUGCAACUAGUCGGUGCAGCUUUCUCCCUCACACUAAGCUCACGUUCAACUCAAACCAAGAGGAGAAACGCAUCCAGAUCAACCCUGACUUUCUGUUUUUGGCUCCAGGUGCUGACGCGGCGUGGUGGACCUGUUGGCUCAAUCUGGCAACUUCUUGGAACAGUUACGCGCACAAAUCCCGCGGAAGGCAAUGCAAAGAGAAGGAGAACCGUGGAGAAUUGAGCCUGGCCGGCAGUGAGAGGAUGAUGUGACCCUGUGUAAACUUCCACUGACCACCUUCUUCUCUCCCUCAAACACACGUGAAGCGGCAGCGCUGCGUCCAGGAGGCUCAAGUCAACAUGACUCUGCCCGGCGGUUUGUCGGAUACUUGUCAGCUCAUUUUACGUGACCGCACGGAGCCGAAGCUGUGGAAAUAGGACUUUUUUCCAUGCUUUCUGGGGAAUAGUUGUUGCUGCACGUUGUGGUGAAGCAGAACCCGGGCAACCCUGCAGUUUGGAGAGAGAGAGGAAGCGAGGGGAGCUACGAUGCGGGGCACUCUGGGCGCAUUCAUUCAGUCCUGUCUCCUGCUGCUGGUCCGAGCAGACCAGUGGAGGCUCAAGGACUCAGCCAGCUGCGAGUUAAAUAGGAAACAAACGGACCUAAACUCCUUCCUGUGGACGAUCAAACGCGAUCCUCCCUCAUAUUUCUACGGUACGAUCCACGUUCCCUACACUCGUGUUUGGGACUUCAUUCCUGAAAACUCCAAGCAGGCCUUCCAGGAGAGCAACAUCGUCUACUUCGAGCUGGACCUGACGGACCCUUACACCAUCUCAGCCCUCACCAGCUGCCAGCUGCUUCCUCAAGGCGAGAACCUGCAGGACGUCCUCCCCAGAGACAUCUACAGGAGACUCAAAAGACACCUGGAGUACGUGAAGCUCAUGAUGCCCUCCUGGAUGACCCCCGACCAGAGGGGGAAGGGACUCUACGCCGACUACCUCUUCAACGCCAUCGCUGGGAACUGGGAGAGGAAGCGACCGGUCUGGGUGAUGCUGAUGGUGAACUCGCUGACCGAGGCAGAUAUUAAGACUCGAGGGGUGCCGGUGCUGGACCUGUAUCUGGCCCAGGAGGCAGAGAGGAUGAGGAAGAGGACGGGGGCCGUGGAAAAAGUGGAGGAACAAUGCCAUCCGCUCAACGGGCUGAACUUCUCCCAGGUGAUCUUCGCCCUGAACCAGACGUUAUUACAGCAGGAAUCUCUGAGGGCAGGAAGCCUACAGGUUCCUUACACCACCGAAGACCUCAUCAGGCACUACAACUGUGGAGAUCUCAACUCCAUCAUCUUCAAUCACGACACCUCACAGGUCCCUAACUUUAAUAAUGUGACACUGCCACCCAAUGAGCAGGUGACGGCCCAGGAAAUAGACAGCUACUUCCGACAGGAGCUCAUCUACAAGAGAAAUGAGAGGAUGGGUAAGAGGGUCAAGGCGCUGCUGGAGGAACACCCCGACAAGAGCUUCUUCUUUGCCUUUGGAGCAGGUCACUUUCUUGGCAACAAUACGGUCAUUGAUGUGCUCCGUCGCCAGGGAUACGAGGUGGAGCACACCCCUGCUGGGCAGCCCAUAAACAGGAGAUCAUCAUCCAGACCUGCCUCUCCAGAAUCAGACGACCACCUGGACGAGUCUCCUCUGCUGGAGCCUUUCCUCCACGAGCUCCCCCACAAAGAGGAGGACCAGGGCCGUCCUCUGGAGGAGGAUCUCUUACCCCAUAUGCUUCUGCCGCCAGACAGCCUGGAGCUACUGGAGAAAGCAGAGAGGAAAAUGCUGAAGAAAAAGAGGAGGAACAAGCAGAAGAAACAGCGGCACCGGCAUUUUAACGACCUGUGGGUUCGCAUUGAGGAGAGUGCAAUGGUCCAGUCCCCGCCUCCUCCUCUGGUCCGCAUCAUCAACGGCUACAUCACCGUGCAGCCGCCGCACAGAGUCCACAACCACCACAACCACCGUCACACACACUCUGCAUCAGCAGCCUCCUCCUCGGCAUCACUUCCCCUCAUCCUCCUCUGCACGCUGCUCACAGCCAUCCCUCCGACAUGGACCGUGCUCCGCUAGCAGAGCCUACAGUCAGCCUCGCUGAGUCCAAACUCCAACAUUUGGUGGUUUUACUAAUGCAAAGUGCAUUUUAAGACUCAGUGGAGCACGGAGAAAAGCAUGUCAGGUAGCUCUGAUCUUUGAAUUGAAUGCUAAAUCGUACUAAUAGAGCAUUUUUCUUACAAACUGAGGCCUUUAUGUGCACGAAAGUCCAUAUAGGAAGAGGUUUUUUUGAACAUAAAUGUUUGGGUUUAGUUAUUUUACACACAGAACAGGAUCUAGCGCACAAAACACACUAGGAAAAAAGUGAAAGUUUCAAUAGGAAGAAGUUUUAUUGGACGUCUUAGAGGUCAAGCAACACGUAGAGUCUCACUAUUCAUCAUUAAGUGACCGUUCAAAAAGCAGAAUAUCAAUGAAAUCGUCGCUGAAUAUCAACUGAAACCACAUGUGCUUUGUGUGUGUGUGUGUGUGUUUGUGUCAGUGUGUGUGUGUGUGUGUUUGUGUCAGUGAGUGUUUGUUUGUGUGAGACAAACCAAGUCUAUCAGCUCUUAAACCCCGCUGGGCUCACAAAGUGUUUCUUUGUCAGAUCUUAAUUUAUUCUUCCAUUUUAGAAGAAUUUGCGGGGGGGAAAUUGUAAAUAUUGUUUCUAAAUAUUAUAGAUGUAUUUUAGAAUUAUUAAAAAACAAGAUAAAAAUUAAAAAUAUUGGAAAGCAUUGUUGCUUGUUGUUUAUAUAAAUAUAUGAAUAGAUAUGCAGUAUAUUUUUGGAAAGAAAAUCAGGAACUAACCACCAUAGUCUUUCGUGUCAUGUGUCUCACUGAAAUGAUUUUGUGUUUUGCGAGGGACAGAUGAUUGUGUUGUACUUCUUGUGUAUCAGUGUUAUCACCCGCUUCGCUGUCUCCUGUGUGAAAGGAUUCCUGUUGAUAUGUAUGUGUGCUGUUUCACAUAGAGCUCAUUUGUUUUAAUUUAUUUAACUACUGUAGUUUUGCUUUAGGCCAUAUGAAACAUUCCCUGUGGCUUUUUUUAUAUACAUGUUUUUUUUUGUCACCAUGAUGUCCAAAUGUGCUUUAUUUGCCAUUUUUCAGACGUUUUUAAUUAUAAUUUCAAAUGCAUAUGAUGAUAAUAAUAAUAAUGUUAUGAACACAUAAAGCUGUUGACGCAUAUACCACAUGCAGCUUAGUGCUUUAGGGCUUUCACAUUUCUUUUAUGGCAUGAGGUGAUUGUAAUUAAUUACCAUGGCAACAAUAAAAUAUUUAUCUAGAUUAAAUCUU